AAGGACAUUAACAUUUGCGUGGUGUUGCAUUAACGUACCUUAUUUUAGGAUCGCUCAUAUCGCCUUGCUCGGCUUUGCGAGUAAAUAGUUGUCGGUGGCUUUAAAAUUAAGAAUAACCAAAAAAUAAUGAAGUAUAAUUUAUUUAUUUCGCUUUUUGUGAUUUCAAUUUGUAGUGUAUUAGCAGAAGUGUACUUUGAAGAAAAAUUCAAAGAUGAUUCUUGGGAAAAGAAUUGGGUGUACAGCAAACACCCUGGAAAAGAGUUCGGAAAGUUCGUAAGAACCGCUGGUAAAUUCUUCAAUAAUGAAGAAGAAGAUAAAGGUAUUCAAACUUCAGAAGAUGCUCGGUUUUAUGCGAUAAGUAGGAAAUUUAAGCCUUUUUCGAAUGAAGGCAAAGAUCUUGUUAUCCAAUUCACCGUAAAACAUGAACAAGACAUUGAUUGUGGUGGUGGAUAUGUAAAGGUGUUUGAUUGUUCUUUGAAAGAAGAAGAUCUGCACGGGGAAACUCCGUAUUUGCUAAUGUUUGGUCCUGAUAUUUGUGGACCUGGCCGAAAAAUUGUACAUGCCAUCAUCAAUUACAAUGGCAAAAACAAUCUCAUCAAAAAGGAGAUUGCUUGCAAAGAUGGUGUUUAUUCACACGCGUACACGUUUGUUAUCAAACCCGAUAACACCUACGAAAUUCUCAUUGAUGGCGAAAAAGUAGAAGGUGGUGAUAUUGAAGCUGAUUGGGAUUUGUUGCCACCAAAAACCAUCAAAGAUCCAGAUGCAAAGAAGCCUGAAGAUUGGGACGACAGAGCCACAAUUCCUGACCCAGAUGACAAAAAACCUGAAGAUUGGGACCAACCUGAACAUAUUCCCGACCCUGAAGCCACUAAACCUGAUGACUGGGAUGAUGAGAUGGAUGGUGAAUGGGAACCACCACAGAUUGAUAACCCCGACUAUAAAGGAGAAUGGAGCCCAAAACAAAUUGACAAUCCUAACUACAAAGGUGAAUGGGUUCAUCCUGAAAUUCCCAACCCUGAAUACAAAGCAGAUCCUGCUUUAUACAAAAAACCUGAGAUUUGCGCCAUUGGUUUCGAUUUGUGGCAAGUAAAAUCUGGUACGAUAUUCGAUAACAUUCUUAUUACCGACGAUCUGGAAUAUGCAAAAGAACAACUUAAAAAUUUAAAAGAUAAACAAGAAGGGGAAAAGAAAGCCAAACAAGCACUUGAUGAUGCAGCUAAAGAAAAGAAGUCAGAUGAGAAAGAUGAUGACAGUGAAGAAGAUGAAGAUGCAGAAGAGGAUGAUGUGAAACCUGUAGAGGAACCUGAGCAUGAUGAAUUAUAAGUGGUAGUGAAAGACUUUUUAAUGUGUGUGAAGUGUUUUGUUUCCUAGUGCGUAUUGUUUAUUUGACUGAUUUUGUUAAAAACUUUAAGAACACUUAUAAUAAAAAUGUAAAACCUGAA